CUCAGAGAAUAUAAAAGAAGGAUGAAGAAAGAAAUGCUUCCAGAUGGAAAACCUGUCGGGGGUAAAGGUAGAUUGACAAAAGCUGCAAUUGAUAGCAUUCAAAACUAUUAUGGUUUGGCUAUCAGAAGAAAUGCAGGGAACAAGGAUGGUAUGAAGAACAGCAUAAUGGCAAUUCAGCACCACAUUGUAAAGUCAGAAAAACUUUCUCUUGAGCAGCAGCACCAGUACUGCCCACAGGAAGAAGCAACAUGGUGCAAGUAUUAGAGAGAGAAGAUUUUCGGUGAUGGUAAAUACAAUCAAGAGAAUUGCCUUCCUGCUGUUUUUCAUGAAGAGUUGAAACCAAUUUUUGACAGAUUGUCCCAGGAUGAACUAUUAAAUAGAUGUUUAAGAGGCCUUACACAAAACUAAAAUGAGAGCCUGAAUGGUCAACUUUGGACAAAUUGAUGCCCUAAGACAAAGUACUGUGGUGUAAAACGAGUGACAAUUGCUGUUUGUGAAGCUGUAUCUGUUUUUAAUACAGGUACUGCAUGCAAAGCAAUGCUGAUGCAGAGUCUGGGGGUAACAGACUUGGGUUCUCAAACCCUUAAUUUUUUUCGAAAGGAGAACAAAAGAAGAAUAGAGAAUAUGAAAAGAAAGUCUAGCGCAGAAUUCAAAGCACGCAGAAAAGAAUUACGAAUGAAAAAGAAAAGAAUCCAGGGAAAGCCAAGUGAAACCUUCUAUAAACCAGGUGCUUUUGGCUUAGAAGUUGAGCCAGAGGUUGAGAAAUGUGCCAAAAAAAGCAGAGCAGGAAAAGACCUUAUUCAGUAACAAAGAAAACAGAAGUCCCCAAUAUAACAUUUUGUGAUGAAAAAGACAUUUUUGUCACUGUAGAGAGAAAGAAGAAGAGAUAAACUAAACCAAAAAAGUAUGCUUGAUUUGUAGAUUAAUUGCAGAUAUUUUUGCAGUAAUGAGUAAGCUUCAAGCAGCUGUAAUAAAAAAUGAAGCUAAGUACCCCAUAUUACUUGCAAAGGCCAAACUUCGCCAGAUUUACAACUUUAUUUUUAAUGCCGUUUUUCUCAAAACGUGAAAUUUCAGCACUUCUGUUACAAAAACAUUUGUAUUUCUCAAGCUGUUUUGUGAAACCAGCUGAAACUUUUGGAAUAUAUGUAGUAAAGAUUAAACUAUGCAAUAAGUAGAGGAUUUUGAAAUCUGUCACAGUUGGUGGUAGUUGCCAUGGAAACAGUCUUUUUCGGGGUAUUUUGCCCCCAAAAAUGAAAUAUCAAAAUAUACUCUACUUAUUGCAUUCCUAAUGGUAUAAGUGAUGUUUGUGCAAAAUUUCACAUUUAUAUUGUUUUAUUAAGCUUAAAUAUCUGCACUAAAUCAUUGCAAUUUGAUACCCUUUUUCUUAUGUUUCCAUGGAAACCAUUAUAAUUUUUUUCCCAAAAUUUUUGCUCAAAAUAUUUCAAACAAAGAGAAUCAAAUGUGUGCUAAAUUUUAAGGAGCUACAUUGGAUGGAUUUCAUUUUAUAGUCAUUUUACUGUUUCUGUAAGUGUACUAUCAAAAGCCUCCUUAAAGAUACUUUGAAUGCACACCAUCUGGCAUCAAAGUCCCAUCAUUACUUCUACUGAGGUACUCAUCACGUUCCCAUUUUGUUAAGCCCCAUUUCUUAGAGAUGAAAAUUUUUUGUCUUCCUGGAUACUUGAAUAUUGAUUUAUUACUUGGAUAUUUGGCUCUUGUUUUGACUUUUAUGAAGCCAAUCCAAUUUUCUGAUUUAGUUUGUGUUUCGGCCUUUAGAAAACAGUUCUUAGAAAUCGGAAGAAUUAAUCUCAUUUCCAGGGAUUCGAUUCAGUGAGCUAGUGAUGUAUUUGAAUCGAAACAGUAGGGGCAAAUUCUCUCUUUGAAAUUUUCUUUUGUUUGAAUCAGUUAUUUGCUGAACCACAGAUAAUCACCCGUUCACAUUUGAAUCUGGUCUUUCCCUGUUGCUGACUGCUGGCUUCGUUUGUGCGAGGCAGAGUCAAAGUCAACGAAGGUUUUUCCUGUAACGAGGAAAGUUACUGCAGAAAGAAGAGGUUUAAAUGUUGUGAAAGUUCCCUUGACCAAUAGUUCACUGAUCUCAGUUACGUCAUAUCAUGAUGAAGAAUUCGAGAUUGACUUUGCUGCUGGUGACAUGGCUGUACAUUUGCCAUCUUGGUACAUUGGGAUAUCAGUGCCCAAAACGUUGCAAGUGUUCUCAAAUUACUGUCCAGUGUAUUGGUGCUGGCCUAAGACACUACCAUCAGAGAUUCCAUCAUCCAUUCGCUAUCUUGAUCUUUCUAAAAACCCAUCAAUAAAGUUCCAAAACAAUUCCUUUGCUCGAUUUAGACAGCUAGAAAAGCUCGUCUUACGAGAAUGUUCCAUAAAGAAUUCAUUUAUUCUUCCAAAGACCCUCCGAAUUAUUGACAUAUCGGGGAACCAGUUAUCUGUUCACGCAGUGGCGGAGCUGUUUAAAGACAAGAGAACACCAAAUGUUAUAGUGUUAUUGAUGCAAAACAACAAACUUUUUCUAAAUGGAAGUUUUUCAAUUUUUCCCUCAUCCAUCAUUAGACUUAACAUGAAUGGAAAUUCAGUGCAGAGAAUUUGUAGCAAUGAUCUGAACAACCUAAAGAGACUCCAGUCUCUUUCCCUAGGAUCGACUGGCUUGCGUAGCAUUGCCAAAGGGGCCUUUGAUCAGCUCAAGGAUCUCCAGCUACUCGAAUUGAGUUACAACAAACUUUCUUUUUUGCCAAAUAAACUGUUUCAACACAACAGCCUCUUGCGCAAAAUUUACUUACAUUAUAAUCGAAUUGAAACAAUGCCAGACCUAUUCGGCAUUCGCCAACUUUUCCACCUAAAGUUGAAAGGAAAUCGUCUUAGAGAAGCUUCAAAGUUUAAUAUAAGAUAUAUUGAUAAUUUUGAUUUGUCAAACAAUUUCAUCGAAUCAUUUAAUGUUUCAGAAAUUAGAUUCAGAACACUAUCACUGUCACACAACCGAGUCCAGAAGAUUGACAAACAUUUUCUUCCAAAGUUAAAGAAAAUUUCCCAAUUAUAUUUGCAAAGUAAUAACAUAACAACUAUCCCAGUAGAUACUUUUGAACAUUUUGAAUACAUUGGGGAGUUGCAUCUUCAAAGAAAUGGACUCGCGAAACUCCCAAGGGGAGUUUUUAGCGGUUUAUCUAUAAGAAAGUUGUUCCUGUUUGCCAACGAAUUGAGCACCGUAGACGGAGUCUUUCAGGAUAUGAAAAGACAACCAUACCUACUUUUAUUGUUUGGUAACAAGUUGAAGUCUAUUAGAAGCUCAGACUUUAGGAAGACGCUGAAUGGCUCAGAGAUUUAUAUAUCCUGUACCAACCUCAAGGAAAUUCCAAGUCAUUUUGAUAUCAAUCCGAAAGUAAUUUGUAGCCCAUCUAAAAGCCUGGUAAUAAAAACAGAAUUGGUUUUUUUAGAGGGUUUUACAUGUAUCGAAAACAAAAAUCUCAGAUACUUUAGUACUUGUACGCCAUGUCCAGUCGGUUAUUACAGUCAAUAUGAAUGUAGGGCUUGCCCUGCUGGGGCUUUCUAUCAGGACGAAAUGGCAGCCAUUGCAUGCAAGCCCUGUCCACUAGGCCAGUUUGUGCCACUAGAUAAAGCACCAGGGAAAAGUCCAUUGCAAUGUCUCACAUGCCCUUUUGGGACAAAUACAAACAGCUCCGCAGCUUAUCGCGCCUGUAAAUGUUUGCCUGGUUUUGCAAGAAGUCAUCGGUUUCAAGGAUGCACAAAAUGUACCCAAGAAGGGUUUUCCUGUCAAACAGAUUACAAGGAAUUGACUAAAGGCUAUUGGAUGUCGUGGCAAACAAUGCAAUCUGCAUCAAAUACAUCUUGCAAGACGUUGUACAAGGCUUUUAUGCAGAAUCUGGAUACAAAGAACGAUACAUAUGACCGGGCUACAAUCAAGUACGAUUGUCACAUGCCCACUGCACACAAAUGCCCGCUACAAGGCUCCUGCCUUGGUGGCAUAGAGGCUGAUUGUAAGCGAGGCUACACUGGAAUAUUGUGUGCAGUUUGUCAGGGGGGAUACAUGAAAAACUUUGGUAAAUGCACUAAAUGUCCCUCUUCAGUCAUUGCAGCGGUGCAGUGUGUUGCAUUCUUUUUGGCGUUUGUUUUUAUUUGCUGGUUAAUGUCCAAAGUUGAUAAAGUGAAACUCGCAGGAAACGAUAGCAAAACAUUUGCUGAUUUAAUUCUGUCAACAUUGAAAAUCCUCAUUGGUUUUUAUCAAGUGCUAGUUGGCAUCAUACACGCUCUUCCAAACAUUCACUGGCCUGGAAAUCUUACAAAAGCUGUCAGAGUUUUUGAAUUUAUUCAGUUCUCGAUCUUCCAUAUACCUUCUUUGCAUUGCAUAAAACGAGAAUGGCGCAUGGACGCCAUCAAGGAAUUCUGGUUUGCCAUCAUUGCCACCGCGACUGUUCCCUUCAUAAUUUGUAUUUACACAGCAAUCAAAUCACUUUGCUCUUACUGUUGUGUUAGGGAUACAGUGGAGUUCAGAACGAGGCUUAGGAAGAACGUUCAGCAAUGCCUUGAGGCCAUAUUUCUGUUCCUUUUCGCGACCUACCCCUUGACAUCAAGCAAGAUAUUCCAAAUCCAACCCGCCAGCUGCCAUGCAUUCUGUACAUCGGAAAAGGACGGGCAGUGCUUGCACAGAGUCUCGUACCUGCGAUCGGAUUACCGUGUUAGCUGUACAUCAGGCACGAAUGAUGACGUCAUUGUAACCAAAGCUGCAUACGCGGCCUUAAUGUUGCCCCUCGGCUUUCCUUUGCUGCUGUUUCUUCUUCUCUGGCGGUUAGCUCCCAAAAAGAACAACACUGAUGAUGCGCAGCGGCAGCAACGAUGAUGGCGAGGAGGCAGCUGCGGAGGAGUCUGUAGCCGUGGCGCUUAGACUUUUCUACGGCAACUACAAGCCGGAAAGCUGGUACUGGGAGGUGACUGAAAUGGUUCGAAAACUGAUCAUCAGCAUUGCAAGUGCUUUGGUUCUGCACAACAUAAAGAUAGGGCUGUUUGGGCUUAUAAUCUUAAGCAUUUUGUUCGCUGUUGCUCAUGCUCGGAUGUGGCCAAUGAAAGACAAGUUUGACAACUUGAUGCAGUUACUGGCUCUAGUGAUUGUUGUGGUGAAUCUGUGCUAUGGUGUAACACAAAAAAGGGCGAUUGGUGAUGACGAAAUUCUCGAGCAAAGCAAAGACAAGUGGGGACUUGGCGUUAUGCUAGUCUCCCUCAACUCCCUGCUGUUUGUGCUGUUGUUUGGUCGAUUGAUAAAGGAGAUUUUGAGGAAAAUUUGCACUGCAAAAGAAAAUAGAGCAUCGUGCUGUAAGCAUUAUGUGUGUCACUGCAAUUACGGAGGCUCUACUGAAAACCUUCUGUUACACAACGAAAGAGAUUUAGUAAUAUAGAUGAUGGCUUGUUUCCAUACCCGUGUGUCAGUAUACUUUUCAACGAAAUCAGUGUAAAAAGUCUUUUCUAAUUGAAAAGUGGGUAGAAAAGCUAUAUUUUACCUCUUCUGAAAGGUCUCCAGCAGGACAAUGACACAUUCAAUUAAUUUAUUUGAAUGCAAUUUUUCCAAGCUGAAACGGUAAUCCGGUAUGAUAAUCCGGUAUGAUAAUCCGGUAUGAUAAUCUGGUAUGAUAAUCCGGUAUUAUAAUCCGGUAUGAUAAUCCGGUAUAGUAGUCCAGUAUAUAACCUUUUUUGUUGUGUAGGUUGUACAAGAAGAAUCUAUCGAAGAUGCGAGACGGGCAGCAGGUACUUUUCGGUUUUAGCUUUUUUUCGAAGUUAAUUUAAUUAAGUCUUUUUGUUUAAAGAAUAAAGCUUUGGAAGUGGCACAGCUUCAGAAAAACGAAAAUCAAUUCUCGAUUAUGCCUAUUUUGAUUAUUUUGGUAUAAUACUUAGUAUAUUGACAAUUAUUUGGCAUUGACGUUACUGCCAGAACGCUCAUCUAGUUUUUCAUUGUUAUUGUUUAGUUUAUUUGACUAAUAGAGCUCAGUUUAUUGGUAAAUUUUUUACGCGUUUUUAACCCAUUGGCUGCCGA